GCUGCGAAACAAGCUGCCUUCUAUUAUAACUGUAAAAGUUCGCGCCGCCACUGACCUUUUUAUAAACGAAAAUGGGUUUCGCAUGGAGCCAGCCAGCUCAUAACACUUUUCAAGAGCAGCUAGAAAUGCAGAAUUAUCAACUGGAGAGACAGAUAUACAUGAGACACCUGAUGCACCAGCGAAUGUUGGCCCUCAAGAUCGCCCAUGCUCGGGAGCUAUUUUAUUGGCUCACCGCGUUCUACGUUGCCUCCAGUGCGGCUCUUUUCGUUGGGUAUCGAAGGACCAAGAAGCCAUUGAUGUUGGCACCUAUUUUACCCAUGACAUUCAUACUGGCUUACCAAGGUGACCUGGCCUAUGGGAGCAAGCUUGAGAGGAUCAAAGGUGAGGCAGAGAACAUCAUGUCGUUUGAGAAAGAGCUGCUGGAACUCCCUCACAAUGUUCCCACCGUCGGCGGCAUUGAUGAAGCUCGGGAGAAAGCAAAGGACGAAGGGAGUUUCAACAGAGCGCAUGACAUCUUUCUGUGAACAUACCUGCCUCUUAGCAAGACCCAUUGGAGUCUGCGUUUCCCUCUUACAGAACGAUUCUGGCCCACUGCACUCGUCGUUAUACAUACCUGACCCGGUGCUACUAGUACCACCGAGAACUUCUCCUCAGUUUGCAUUCUGCAAAGGUUCCCUUUUUCCGCUUCAAGUGAAUUUUUUUCUCGCAGUUCUGUGGUAUUGUAUCAGACAUAGAGUUCCUUAUUGGUGAGAAGCAUUUUGUGAGCCUUAGUAUGCGAUAUUAUGCAGGGUUUGUUAUUAUAUUUUUGGCCAAAAAAUCGCAAUACAUUGUAAAGUUAACAGAAGUGUACAUGCAAGCACUCUGUUUCUUUUAUUUUGUUUUUUCUGAGGUGACACAAUACAGAGUCUGUUUUAUAUCUACAUGCUAGCAGUGAAUGUUUUAUCAUUUCUUAAGUUAAUUAUCGUUCCUACUAUUUUAUGGUAUUGUAUCAAAUGUAGUGUUGUUUAUCAGCAAGUGAAGUUCUGUGGGUCUCAGGAUGUGAUAUUAGUAAGGGUUUGUUUGCUUUGUUCUUGGCAGAAAAGUGCAUGACAAGCAGAAGUGUAUCAGCACUUCAUUUUUUGUUUGUUCUUAGGUGAAACAGUACAGCAUAUGUUCUCAUUAAUGUACCUAUGUUCUAGCGAUGAAUGCUUUAUCAUUAUCUUUACGGGUUUUUAGGCUAUUUGUUGCAGCCACAAGCUUGCUUAUACUUAGUCCCCAUCACAAGGCUCUGGUAUUUUGAUGUCCAGUGGUGCCUUUAGCAUUCUGGCAUUAAGCACAUCAUGUCCGCUGCCUCCUGACAUGUCGCGCAAGGUAUGCAGUCUGUCAUUUUUGCAAAUGUCCUGACUAAAAUAAUUGGUAGCAGAGGGAAAAAAGAAUGCUACCUGGGGCAUCUUUUGCAGAAUUCACUUUCUGCAAGACUUUUUAGAACCAUGCAGUAGUCCGAGAUGCCCAUAGUCACAUCUGUGACCGUUUUCUUUAUGGUUCUCUAACGAGCAUCAUGGCCUAGUAUAUACCAAUGCACUUGUUAACUUAGUCUUGUUAAUCUUACGCUGACUAGUCACAUUAUACAGUCGUUACCAUUUGUCGUCCUAUUUUUUUAAUGUGCAAUUCAUUAGAUCAUUUUGACGUAGCUGAACCAGUGAACAUGCUUGUUCACGUGUCUUUCACUACAUCAAAUAUUUAUGCAUAGCUGCUAACUGUUAGUACUUCAUAGUCACUAAGUCAUUUGCCAGCAUUCUGGUCAUACGUUUACCUUGAGCACUUUUGCCGAUAUUAAACAUCAGUUCCUCUGCCAGGAUUUCAAUCAACGAAGAAGUGUUCAGGGUUUCGGAUUUAUAGGUUGUGUAUUCAAGGCAGUGGACUGUGACUUUUCACUCUCUCUAGUCUAUUAAAACAGCAGUAAGAACAAAUAUAUACAUAUAUAUAGUGAAUGUUCAGUGGAUUGUUCUAUCUUUAAAUGUUGUCACACAUUAUCUUUCCUGUUUCAGUUCUUUCUAGUCAUGUUAAUGUGCUUUUCUAUGGAAAACAUUUUUGUUUACGAGAACUUUUUUUUUUUAGCUUGUUUCAAUGACCAGUUAUUGUCAGUUCCAGUUCCAGCUAUUGUCACACACAGCCUAAAUCAUGGAGUGUGCACAGCAGCAGUCAUUAAAAUGUCAAACAUUUAUAUCUACGUACUGUGACACUGUAUGCAAGAGUCGUGUGUGAGCUUAGUUUUGCUAAACAGACUGUUAACAUAAAAAGUGGAUGCAGUGCAGGAGUCACAAAAAAAGUGAGACAGAGAUGUACACUGCUUUCACCCCGACAUUUGAUAAUGCCAUUUCAAUCACUUCUAAACAGAGCUUACUGCUGCCUUAAUAUAUGUGGACAUUUGAUACACUUUGGCAAGAGAAGAGGAGGGGGUCAACCAAGUGAGACAUGAACAAGACUUUGUGAUGAUUAGUCAGCAUGCUUUUUUGUUCUCAUAACGCGUGGAAACACAUAGUGCUAGUGAAAUGGCAUCCCUGAUGCCAAGGCAGGUGUGUUAUACUGUCCUCACCGUACGAGCUUGAGCAGUGGGAGAUCACUAUUGCUACAACUUACACCCAUGUUUCAUCUGGUUGACCCUCGUAGGAUUACAUGCCCACAUAAAACUGCAAAAUAUAUCAGCCAUAUACACAAAAAAUAUAGCAGCUGCUAUAAAUGCAGCAGUGUGUGUUAGUGCUUAUUACCAGAGUUGUUCAGUCAUACGAAUUGUCAGAUCUCUCUUCGGAAUCCAGACAUGUUGACUGGACAAAAAGCGUCAGGGUCUUCUGAACUACGCAAUGCUUGUGAGAAAAAAAAAAUUUACAUGCCCAAAAAAUGGUGCUGCUUUAUAAAGCACCAAGACAAGAAAAUGUAGAAGUUCUAAGACAACAUUUUUCAGCUAGAUCUGUUUCAGAUAUUUUUUUUCAAGCAGAAAAUUGGCCAUGAUGGCUAUUACACACACUAAAGCAAGCUUCAUUCUGGUAGUCUCUCUGGUGUCAUGUCAAACUAGCCUCUUGGAUUGGCAGUCGGGGAUACUCAGAGUUUACAGCAGAUUCUUUGAAUUUGUAUGAUUGUUUCUCUGCUUAUUACAAUGCUUUUUGGACAACAUGUGUUCUUUCAAUACAAGUGAUUUCUUGGCAUUGAGUGAAGCCAUGGUUCUAGAAGCACAAGAAACUGUUUGACAAAGCACAAGAGGUACUUAAAAUCAAGUGCACGUGACUAUUUACUAUUAGAAAAAGUGAGCUUUUCCAUUCUAUCUGCAUAUCUUAGGCUAGCAAAUUGUGUACUAUAGUUGAUCUUUUCUAUAACAAAGUCAUAAUUUACAGACAAUGCCUUGCAGGAGCCAGAUUAGCUAUGUAUACUCUUUACCAAUGCACAGAAAUGACAUGACAGAUUAAAAUGUAACCAAAGUUUCAUGACCCUCAAGAAUCCAGUGUGUACUUGGUUACUCACAUAUCCUCGAGGAAACGGACAUAUCUCAUAUUGCCGAUGUCUCAGAUUUAAUAGAGUACAUAUUAACAUCUUUUUGUCAAAAACUGCUAGCAAAGUGAGGAGAACAGACGCACUAAGUUUUCAAAAAAAAAAUUGAAGCCGAUAACUGUGCAGGGUCCUUCUUAUAACAUAACUUUAGAAUGUCAUUCUAUGCAGUUAUCUGCAUGGCCUAGACGUGAUGACUUUUUCUUUUUCCAAAGGUCGUACUAAUUCAUGACAUAGGUUAAGUGUAGGUGUAGGUAAUAGGCUGAAAAUAUGAUAGUUCUUUGCCAUGGCGUUCUUUUUUUCUUGACAUCAGUGUGAAAAAAAAUUUUAACAGGCUUUUAUAACAAGCAAUAUAGUAAUAAGUAGCUCAAGGACAGCCUUCCAUUUUUAUUGCUGCCAUGUCUGCAUGUCUGUGACGUGUUUCUCUUUGCACAUAGCUCGCACGAAAUAAAACAAGUGGACAAGCCAUAAAUUGUCAUAACAAAUAUGCAUCUAGCAGUACUAUUAGAAUAUUUUUAGCAGUAUAUAUCACUUCUGAGUAUGAAAAAAACACUAUACUGUCACCUAGUUGUGGUAUGUUGCUGCGUAUGAUGCACCAUGCCUAUAUUCUGGGUGUCUUUUAAUCUGCAAUCAAAGUUUUGUUCGCUCACAGUGUAACAUGCGUGCUUGCUAGGACAAGAAAACUUCAGAGUAAAGUGUCAUAUGCAGAACUCUUGGGAUAAUUCAAACUCUAUUUAAAAUUGUAGUUGACUGUAACAUAUCUAAAAAUUUUAUUUGACCCAGUUUUAUAUUCAGUGCAUUUUGAAGCCACUAAAUUGAAACAAGGUUUUCGGUUUUUCAAGCUUCUUGACAUUCUGGGACAAAAACAACAGCGGAUCACAGGACAUUGAUUGGGCAUGAAUAAUCAGCACCUAUGCUUCGUAUUCACACUGUUGUGAUUAGCAUCACUACGAAAUGGCCCCACCAACCCAGUCACUGCAAACACAAUGGUGCAAUACAAUGGUAUAAUAAGUAUGGCUGUUUAUGCAUGCCUACUGAGGUACUAUAUCUGCCCAAAGGCGCCUGCACAUGUGUAUGCUAUAUGUGUGUACAAUAAUCUGCAAUUGUGUUCGGGAGAGUGACUUAUUUGGGAAAUUCUUGCAAUAGCCAAGGCCCGUAAAAGUUUGGAUUAACGUGAUUCAACUGUAUUAAAAAUUGCUUUGCUAUAAUGAAAAUGUAUUAGCGUGGUGUGUAUCUUGGUAACGGUGUCUGCUUAUUUCUGAACAUGCAAUAAAGCUUGUUGAGUUUUA